AUGAUGGCGGCGAUGGCAGCCGGGGGUCCUGGUGAUCCACAUACACAAAUGAACACCUAUCGUAGCUAUGUUACCAUGCUUGCGGACCCUGGAGCUAAAGAUGAAAUUAAAUUAAAAGCUGCGCAAGAACUUAGUGAAAAUUUUGAGGUGAUUCUGAAUUCACCACAAUAUCCUCAAUUUUUGGAUCAUUCAUUGAAGAUAUUUCUUAAAAUAUUACAAGAAGGUGAACCACAUUUUAUUGCUGAAUAUAAUAUACAGCAAGUGAGAAAACUUAUACUGGAGAUGAUACAUAGACUACCUAUAAAUGAAACUCUAAGGCCUUAUGUUAAGAGCAUUUUAAUUUUAAUGUUAAAACUAAUGGAAAUAGAGAAUGAAGAAAAUGUCUUAGUUUGUUUAAAAAUAUUUAUGGAGCUACACAAACAAUAUCGACCUACCUACUGUGCUGAGGUAGAUAUUCACAAGUUCCUUCAGUGGGUAAAAGCCAUUUAUUCUGAUUUACCAAACCAUUUGCCCAAAAUCUUUGAGCCAAGGCCAUCGAUAAGAGUAAAGGACCUCUCCGAAGUAAAUAUAGAACAGCUUUUACAGGAGACUUAUACCACAACCCCAAUACAUACAGAAAAGAAGUUAUUAGAUGGAAGUGUGGUUACAUAUAAUUUAAUUCCGAAAUCUGUCAUAUCACUAAAAGUGAUACAAGAAUUGCCGAUUAUUGUGGUUCUUAUGUAUCAGCUGUAUAAGCAGAAUGUACAUCAAGAAGUUAGCAACUUUGUGCCACUUAUUAUGGACACUAUUUCUUUACAACCAUCACUGGCCUUAAGACAAUCUGCAACAUUCAAUAAAGAAAUAUUUGUUGAUUUUAUGGGGGCUCAGAUUAAAACACUAGCAUUUCUGGCAUACAUAAUCAGGAUAUACCAAGAUACGAUAGUCAAUCAUGCGACUAUGAUGGUGAAGGGAAUUAUUGGGCUCUUAACUUUGUGUCCUCCAGAGGUUGCUCAUUUAAGGAAGGAAUUGGUUAUUGCUACAAGGCAUAUUUUGGCAACUGAUUUGAGGCUAAAAUUUGUGCCUUAUAUGGAGCGUUUGUUCGACGAAGACGUCCUAUUAGGUGGUGGGUGGACGGUCCACGAGUCUUUGCGGCCACUAGCUUACUCCACUUUAGCGGAUCUAGUUCACCAUGUUAGACAGCACUUGCCGCUAUCAGAUCUUGCUAUAGCUGCACACUUGUUCUCCAAAAAUGUUCAUGAUGAGUCUUUGCCAACCAGUAUUCAAACAAUGUCUUGCAAAUUACUAUUGAAUUUGGUAGACUGUAUCCGUCAAAGAUCUGAAAGUGAGAAUGCGGCUGGUACGCAACCUCAGGGACGGCAACUGUUGAUGCGCAUUCUGGAAGUGUUUGUUCUGAAAUUUAAAACUAUGUCAAAGUUACAACUACCCGCGCUUAUGGCCAAAUGCAAACAAGCAUGUCCAUCAACCAACACCACCACAAACGGAACAGCUCCAAGUACACCUACUGCCUCGACCCCGAGUACAUCAUCAGUUGAGGUCAAAGUUGAGGAAGAGAAACCGACACCUGAUUUCUUGGAUAGCUUAAAUAAAGUGGAGGAAAAGUCAAAAAUUGGCUUCCCUGUAUCACAGAUGAGCAAUUUGAAUGUCGGCGAUUAUAGGACCUUGGUUAAGACGCUGGUGUGUGGAGUUAAGACUAUAACCUGGGGCUGUGCAUCUUGUAAGACAUCAACAACCGCUGAAGGCACAUCAACAUCCACUAUAACAGGUCAGAAGCAGCUAAGCGCGCGAGAGACUCUUGUUUACAUACGGCUAUUAAUAUGGGGUCUACAGUCUCUAGAUAUAUACACAUUGUCUGCCCCAAGACCACCUCCACAUUCUCCGCCUCAACCGCACGUAAGGUCAAAAGAAGAGAAGGAGGUACUGGAACAUUUUAGUGGAGUGUUCUCAAUGAUGAACCCUCAAACUUUCCAAGAGAUAUUCACUGCCACCAUCUCUCACAUGGUAGAAAGGAUCAACAAAAAUACGACCCUUCAAAUCAUAGCCAACACGUUCUUGUCUAACCCGGCCACUUCGCCAAUAUUUGCCACUGUACUUGUAGAAUAUCUCCUUAAGAGGAUGGAAGAGAUGGGAUCUAAUGUAGAAAGAUCUAAUCUCUAUCUGCGAUUGUUCAAGCUAGUCUUUGGUUCUGUUAGUCUGUUUCCGACAGAAAACGAACAGAUGUUGCGACCUCAUUUACACAGCAUAGUGAACAAGGCUAUGGACUAUGCAAUGACUGCUAAAGAACCGUACAAUUACUUCUUACUUCUGCGAGCACUGUUUCGUUCUAUCGGCGGGGGUAGUCACGAUUUACUCUACCAAGAAUUUCUCCCCCUACUGCCUAAUUUACUGGAAGGUUUAAAUAGACUUCAAAGUGGUCUACACAAGCAGCACAUGAAAGAUCUCUUCGUGGAAUUGUGCUUGACCGUUCCAGUCAGAUUAAGCAGUCUUCUACCGUAUUUACCAAUGCUCAUGGAUCCUCUGGUCUCCGCAUUAAAUGGAUCACAUACUUUGAUAUCGCAAGGCUUACGAACAUUGGAGCUUUGUGUUGACAAUUUACAACCGGACUUUUUGUAUGAGCACAUACAACCAGUCCGUGCUGAUCUAAUGCAAGCUCUAUGGAGAACGUUACAGAAUAACGAAGUCGCAAGGAUUGCUUUCAGAGUGCUUGGUAAGUUCGGUGGUGGCAACAGGAAAAUGAUGAUAGAGCCACAGAGAUUGGAAUAUCGCGAAACAGACGCCCCUCCGCCAGCCGUGUUAGCUUAUUUCCAAGAUCAGGCGAAACCGAUUGAUUUUGAAGUGGAUAAAGUCAUAGAAACCGCUUUUGCGGCUUUGAAAUCGAGCACGACUGAUCCGUUUUACCGCCGUCAAUGUUGGGAAGUAUUACGCUGUUAUUUGGCGGCAUCUCUUAAUUUAGAAGAUGAUAAAGCGACUUUACAGAAGCUCUUAAACCAUCCGAGCUUCCUAGAAGGAAAGAUUCCGGCUCAAUCUGGACCAUACUAUAAAUGUUCAAAUUCUAUUGUGAGAAAUACGCACAAAACAGCGCUCACGGGAAUGUUUGUGGCGGCAGCUAUUAAGGAACUGCGGCACCAUGUCUUGCCGACGAUGGUUUCGCUUGUACGUCAUUAUACUCUAGUGGCUAUUGCUCAAGAGGCGGGACCGUUCGCCGGUUCAGGUGGACCUAAGGAAGGCCUCGACGCCCUAGUCUUGGUCGAUGCGAUCGCAGUUGUGAUGGGUCACGAAGAGAAAGAGCUAUGCAAACCUGGUCAUUUGGCUCUCGUACUGAUGAUAGAAACUGCAGCGACUGUACUGGGAAGUAAGGAAAGAGCCUGUAAAUUGCCCUUGAUGGAAUAUCUGGCAGAACGAAUGUCUUCGCUCUGCUACGAGCGAGCCUGGUACGCUAAACUGGGCGGGUGUAUAGCUGUCAAAUUUAUGUUCGAAAAGAUGGCGCCCGAGUGGGUAUACAAGCACGUGUUUACAUUUUUAAAAGCAGUGCUAUUUGUAAUGAUGGACUUGACGGGAGAAGUUUCGUCCGGCGCGUUGGACAUGGCUACUGUUAACUUGGAGCGGUUGGUUCGCGUUUGUGUUACCGGCCCAGGUGGACAGGCCAUUGAAUUGGAUGGUGAGGUAGCUGCGGCGAGGACUCGAGCACUACACGAUGUGUUGCAAGAAUUUGUCUUGCAAAUUACAAGCCCACAUAUACUAGUUCGACAACAAGCCAUGAAAUCACUAGAACUUAUAGCGGAACUACAAAACAAAUCCGUUACUGAUGUAAUGGACCCACACCGAGAAGUCCUAACUGAUAUCAUUCCGCCCAAAAAGCAUCUGUUACGGCAUCAACCAGCUAACGCACAAAUGGGUUUGAUGGACGGCACUACAUUCUGCACAACUUUGAAACCGAGGCUAUUCACAAUAGAUUUAAAUGUAAACGAGCACAAAGUGUUCUUCCGCGAGCUGCUAUCAUUAUGCGAAGCUGACGACGCUAUGCUGGGCAAACUACCCUGCUACAAGGGCGUAAACUUAAUACCCUUGCGAAUAUCUGCGUUGCGGGCGCUAUCUGCCUGUCACUACAUACAAGAGAAGCAGUGCAGAGAGAAAAUUUUCCAAGUGCUGUAUAAGUCGUUAGAGAAAAACGAUACAGAGCUUCAACAGGCCGGUUUCGAAUGCAUGCAGAAGUUCUUGUCCGGUUUUCAAAUUGACAUGGACAUGGUUCACCCCGUCAUGAGACCCCUGCUGCUAACGCUUGGUGACCACAGAAACCUCAGCGUUAAUGGAGCUAAGCGGUUGUCUUAUUUGACCCAGCUUUUCCCGUCAACCUUUAGCGAGAAGCUAUGCGAACAACUUCUACAACUGCUAAAGAAACUACUUGACUAUUCCAUUCAAACAAACAGAGGUGCCAACUUCCUCCAAAGCGUCUCCAAAAACAUGGAGAACGAACAGAAAAUAAUUAUUUUGAUUGGAAUAUUCCAUCAAAUACCGGCCGCAUCGCCGCGUUUUAUUGACGUGCUGUGUCGGUUGAUAUUCCACACUGAAAAAUCGUUGAUGAUAGAGGCGGCGUCGCCAUUCAGAGAUCCUCUUGUAAAGUUCUUAUUGAGGUACCCUAAAGAGACGUUAGAUCUAACAAUGAGUGACAACAACAUAAAAGAUCAACAAUGGAACCGGUUCCUAGUAUUUCUCGUAAAGCAUGAAGAAGCUGGUCCUGCCUUCCGGGAAACUCUUCAAACCACAAAGAAACCCAGAUUGCUGCAGCUGCUAGCUGCUAACAACAGUGGAGCGACUGCAAACCUACCUCAAGCUGAUAAGGCUGAAAUGCAGUUCCAAGCUAUCCGAGUGAUAAGCUUACUUAUUAAGUUCGACGAUCAGUGGCUGUCCACACAGCAUGAUCUGAUUGAGUUAUUGAAGCGCAUUUGGUGUAGCGAUCAAUAUCAUGAAAUUCACAAAAAAGUGGAGAAUGUCGAGUGUAGCCAUUGGAAAGAGCCAAAGCUGAUCGUGAAGAUUCUGUUGCACUACUUCUGCCACCACCCCUCCAACAUUGAUCUACUUUUCCAGCUGCUGCGAGCAUUGUGUGACAGAUUUAUACCUGAUUUCCAAUUCCUUCGCGAUUUUCUUGAGAAUACGGUAGCACAGAACUAUACCGUAGAAUGGAAGCGAUCAGCGUUCUUCCGUUUUGUUGAACACUUCUCCAGCGACGCGAUGUCGCAAGAGUUGAAAGCGAAGGUCUUGCAAAUGAUUCUGAUUCCAUGCUUUGCGGUGAGCUUCGAGAAGGGGCAAAAGAUCGUUGGCGGUCCGCCUGCGCCAUACCAAGAUAAUCCAGAUAAUGUGGUGUCUGUCUUUAUAAACAACGUAAUUGAUCCGGAGAACCCAUUCGCAUGUUCGGACGCAGUGCGCAUAUCGUUGUUGCAGUUUGCGUGUCUAUUACUUGAACAGGCGUCUGCGCAUAUCCACGACGCUAAUAAUAAAAAGCAAGGCAAUAAACUUCGCAGACUGAUGACGUUUGCGUGGCCCUGUCUACUUGGCAAGAACUACGUCGAUCCUGCGACUAGGUAUCACGGACAUUUGUUGCUCAGCCACAUUAUAGCGAAAUUCGCGAUCCAUAAAAGGAUUGUCUUGCAAGUAUUCCACAGUUUGCUGAAGGCACAUGCGGUGGAGGCUCGAGCGGUAGUGCGCGCAGCGUUAGAGAUCCUAACACCAGCGAUGCCCCAGCGCAUGGAGGACGGUAACACGAUGCUCACGCACUGGACCAAGAAGAUCAUUGUAGAGGACGGACAUUCUGUGCAACAACUCUUCCAUAUACUGCAGCUUGUAGUUAGACACUACAAGGUAUAUUACCCGGUGCGACACGCCUUAGUCGGUCACAUGGUCACAGCGAUGCAGCGGCUGGGGUUGUCAUCGUCUGCCUCGAUUGAACAUCGCCGACUUGCUGUAGAUCUUGCUGAGGUGGCACUCAAAUGGGAGCUGCAGAGGAUCCGCGAUCAUAUGCCAGAUGAUAAUAUCGUGGCAACUUCACCGAGCGGUGCAAUGAAACGUAUAUCUUCCGAAGAUAAUAGCAAUGAUGCCCGUAAAGCGCUGAACACGGGCUGGGCCAGUCCACAAUCGACUACAUCCAGGGAGCCAGACGCAGCAAAGCCGUUAGACCGCCAACACGUAGACGUGGUGGUCAAUCUUUUGCUCAGACUAGCCUGCCAGGCGAAUGAAGGGGCGGCGGGCGGAGCUACAGCUGCCGCGGGUGCAGCUAACGCUGCGGCGGCCAAUAGCAACGCAGUUGUCGGCGCUGGUGUGAGUGGAUCACCAGCAGAACAGUUGUCAAGGAGAUGCGUACUUUUAUUAAAGGCGGCACUCAAACCAGACGUCUGGCCUCAUAUCUGUGAACCCAAGCUCGCCUGGUUGGACAAGGUGUUCACAAGCGUAGAGAGCAAUGCCAACGCCUGUACGGGACUCGAGCUGCUCGUGUUCUUGCUAGGGGUGUUACGUCGUGACCAGAUUCUAGCUGCCUUGAAGCCGCUCCACCGUGGCUUAACUGCUUGCGUGUCAUCCACCAAUCCAAAAAUAGUGCGACUCACGCACAAUUUGCUUGCCAAGCUUACAUCGCUCUUCCCAACAGAGCCAUCUGGAGCUGCGCAAGCGUCUAAGUAUGAAGAAUUGGAAACCCUCUACGCAUGCGUCAGCAAAUACGCAUUCGAAGGUUUAGCUAACUAUGAAAAAUCGGCUCCCGGUGCGGGCGCUACCACAUCACUUUUGGGGCCUCUGAUGAUGUUGAAGGCUUGCUGCACUUCAAGUCCAGGGUACGUGGAUAGGUUACUUCUACCGUUGAUGCGAGUACUGCAGAGAAUGGCGAGGGACCAUGUGGCGCCAAACCCUGACAAUGCUACCUCGGACUUGCUUAUUCUAGCAUUGGACCUGCUUAAAGCCAGAGUCUCCGUAAUGCCAGUUGAGACAAGGAAAACGUUUAUUGGUACUAUUCUCGUUGGCUUGAUUGAAAAGACGAAUGAUGCGAAGGUAAUGAAAGCAAUUACUCGCAUGGUUGAAGAAUGGGUAAAACAUCGCGGGGCAGUUGCUGGUACCAGUUCCAGUGCAGCUGCAGCGCCAUCUCUGAGGGAGAAAUCAAUACUGCUCGUAAAGCUAAUGCAGUACGUCGAAAAACGCUUCCCAGAUGAUCUAGAACUUAAUGCGCACUUUCUGGAUCUCGUAAAUUAUGUGUACAGGGAUGAACAACUUAAAACAACCGAGCUGUCAAUGAAAUUAGAGCCAGCUUUCCUAGCCGGUCUGCGCUGUACCCAACCCCACAUACGAGCAAAGUUCUUCGAAGUGUACGAUGGCAGUGUUAAACGCAAGUUGUUCGAUCGUAUCCUCUACAUCAUUUGCUCGCAGAACUGGGAACAUAUUGGUCAGCAUUUCUGGAUCAAGCAGUGUCUGGAACUACUGUUGGUUACUUGUGUUUCAACUACACAAAUACGUCUCUCAAAUACAAAGUAUCUCCUGCCUAAUAUCACAGCAGUUAUCAAUUGGGCCGAUAGCGAAGAGCGAAAAUCAUUCGCGAUAUUCAGUAACAUAAAAGAAGAGUCCUCUGAUGGCUUCAGUGACUCCCUCGACCCUGACAAAGAAGACGUACUGGAUAUGGACCUUGACUCCAGUUCUAACACGAAGGAUGAUUUGACCAAAAACGUGCCUAACAGGCAACGCGGUUUAAAUCAGUUAGUGGCAAAACAAUCAGAAUUUGUCGAGCUCGCGCGGCGCGUACGCACCGAACAGUUAGUUGCCGCGGCGGCUCAACUCUGCCACAUGGACGAUGCGCUUGCGCAUCACACUUGGCUAAGGCUUUUCCCUAAGCUUUGGACUACCUUUGACGAGAGACAGUUGCCGACACUUAUGAGUGAGGUAGUUCCUUUUAUAAUAUCUGGGAUCCACGUGAUCCAACGCGACCAGCCGCUGAGCGCACUCAACACGUUCAUCGAAGCGCUAGCUCGUUGUAACCCACCAGUUACUUUUAAACCACCAAUGAUGAAAUAUCUCGGUAAAACGCACAACUUGUGGCAUCGUAUGACGCUGAAUAUGGAGCAAAUGGCUAUAGAUAACGCUUCGGGCAAGACCAGUCGCGAAGCGCUCGAGAUAUACGACUAUGAAGUGGAAACCACUACUAAUUCUGAGAUUUUGGAUUCACUAAGCGACAUGUACGAACUAUUGCAAGAGGAGGACAUGUGGUCCGGUUUGUGGCUGAAACAUGCGCGGUACCGCGAGACGAACGUCGCUAUAGCCUAUGAGCAGCAAGGUUUCUUUGAACAAGCACAGGCGGCGUAUGAUGUUGCUAUGGCCAAACUGAAACAGGAAUACGCCGCUAACCCAUCCUCGUACAACAUGCACAAAGAAUGCUCCUUAUGGAUGCAACAUUGGAUCAAAUGUUCCAAAGAACUGAACCAGUGGGAUUCCUUGCUGGAACUAGGUAUGACCAGGAAUAUAAGGGAUCCGUUCUUGAUACUGGAGAGUUCGUGGAGAAAUCCUAAUUGGCCAACUAUGAAGGAAGCUCUGGCUGAAGUGGAAUAUAACUGCCCUAAGGAGCUAGCAUGGGUAGUAAAUCUCUACCGUGGCUAUUUGUGUAUAUGCGCGGGCGGUGAACAACAGCUAGGAGGUGUAGAGCGCCACGCGGAAGCAGCGGCGGCGCAGUGUCUACGCGAGUGGAGGCGUUUGCCUCGGCUGGUGUCGCAUGCGCAUCUCCCUCUACUUCGCGCCGCUCAACAGCUAAUGGAGCUUAGUGAAGCUGCACAGAUACACACGGGUUUGGUACACAGCCGGCCAACAUCACUACAUGAUAUGAAAGCAAUAGUCAAGACUUGGCGUAACCGAUUACCGGUAGUGGCAGACCCACUAUCUCACUGGGGCGCCAUCUUUACGUGGCGCCAACACCACUAUCAGUUUAUAGCUUCUCAUUACGACUCGCAAGCCGACCAUGCGUCCAAUCACAGCAUGCUAGGGGUGCAUGCUAGUGCGCAGGCAAUAAUACACUUCGCGAAGAUAGCGAGGAAGCACAACUUAUCCGGUGUAUGUCUGGACUCUCUCCAUCGAAUCUACACCAUUCCGAGUGUACCCAUAGUGGACUGCUUCCAAAAGAUAAGACAGCAGGUCAAGUGUCACAUACAAAUGUCGUGGACGGAGGGGAAGGACGAAUUGCAAGAGGGGCUAGAUAUGAUCGAGUCGACAAACUUCAAAUAUUUCACAAAAGAAAUGACUGCUGAGUUCUACGCGUUUAAGGGGUUGCUCCUGGCCCAGUUGGGGCGGUCAGAAGACGCUAAUAAAGCCUUCGCGGCGGCGGUACAGCUUCACGAUACCCUGGUGAAGGCGUGGGCCCUCUGGGGUGAUUACUUGGAGCAGAUAUUUAUUAGGGAUCCACGUCAGAUAUCUGCCGGCGUUUCUGCUAUGACGUGUUUCUUGCACGCGUGUAGACACCAGAAUGAAUCCAAGUCGCGGAAGUAUUGUGCCAAGGUAUUGUGGAUGUUGAGUUUCGAUGACGAUAAGAACAGCCUCGCAGAAGCAUUGGACAAGUACAGUGUAGGAGUACCCCCAGUGCAGUGGCUGCCGUGGAUUCCGCAGUUGCUCGCUUGCCUCGUUCAGUACGAUACUAAUGUGAUACUCAAUCUGCUAAGCCAUGUGGGUCGCUUAUAUCCUCAAGCGGUGUACUUCCCGAUCCGUACCUUGUAUCUCACGCUGAAGAUUGAACAACGCGAACGAUUCAAGACUGCAGAGAUCUCGGGCCAUCUGCCUGGCACAUCGGCUACUAAACCUGGCGAAGGUGGUUCAACUCCUAAUAGUACCACUAGUGGUAGUUCUACCAGCAGUGCGGUGACUGACGUUAGUCCAAUUAAGGCAACCCUGCCUAUGUGGCGGUGCUCAAAGAUUAUGCAGCUGCAACGAGAGAUACACCCCACAGUAUUAUCCUCACUGGAAGGCAUUGUUGAUCAGAUGGUGUGGUUCCGAGAGAACUGGUAUGAGGAAGUUCUUCGUCAGCUACGCGCCGGUCUCGCCAAGUGUUACGUGGUUGCGUUCCAUCACCGCGCGUCGGUGGGCGUGGCCACGGUUACGCCCCAUACGCUCAAUUUCAUCAAGAAGGUCGUCUCUACGUUCGGCAUCGGCGUUGGAAUGAAAAGUGUUACAAGUUCUGUAAGUGGUGCAUUCUCUUCAGCUGCAUCGGAGAGUAUCGCGCGGCGCGCGCAGGCCACCGUCCAGGACCCGGUCUUCCACAAGAUGAAGACUCAGUUCACUGUUGACUUUGACUUCACACAACCCAAUGCUAUGAAACUACAGAAUCUCAUACAAAAGCUAAGGAAAUGGGUCAAGAUCCUCGAGGCUAAAACGAAGGUUUUACCCAAAUCAUUCCUGAUCGAAGAGAAAUGCAGAUUCCUAUCGAACUUCACGUUGAAAACAGCUGAAGUGGAAUUGCCCGGCGAGUUCCUUCUCCCGAAGCAUACUCACUACCACGUGAGAAUUGCACGAUUUAUGCCGCGCGUCGAAAUUGUCCAGAAACAUAAUACUUAUGCCCGAAGGCUCUAUAUCCGUGGGCAUAAUGGAAAGAUCUACCCAUACCUCGUGGUCAAUGACACUGGCCUGGGCGAGGCGAGGAGGGAAGAACGGGUUCUUCAAUUGAUGCGCAUGUUGAACCACUACCUGGGCAAGCAAAAGGAGACUUCUAGAAGAUUCCUCCACUUCACAGUGCCGAGGGUAGUUUCAGUUUCUCCCCAGAUGCGCUUGGUUGAGGAUAAUCCUAGCUCUCUAUCGCUUUUGGAUAUCUACAGAACUGAAUGUACUAAGAGGGGCCUGGAGUAUGACGCGCCCGUGAUGAGAUACUACGAGCGCCUAGCUGCGGUACAGGCGCGCGGAUCUCAGGCGUCGCACCAAGUCCUCAGGGAUAUACUGAGAGAGGUACAAUCGACGAUGGUACCACGCGGUAUGCUCCGCGAAUGGGCUCUGGCCACCUUCUCAGCUCCCACCGACUAUUGGACCUUCCGCAAGAUGCUGACGCUCCAGCUGUCUCUAGCCAGCUUCGCAGAGUACGUGCUGCACCUCACAAGACUGAACCCGGAUAUGCUUUAUGUGCACCAGGACUCCGGCCUGCUGAAUGUGUCAUACUUCAAAUUCGACAUUGAUGACACGACUGGAGAAUUGGACGGCAACAGACCAGUGCCCUUCCGACUGACACCAAACAUAUCUGAACUGUUGACGAAUAUUGGUAUCACGGGGCCGUUCACUGCCUCCGCUAUCGCUGUCGCUAGGUGCCUCGUUACACCUAACUUUAAGAUACAGUCGAUACUUCGUACGAUACUCCGCGACGAAAUGAUAACCGGUUACCGGAAGCGUUUGGAGGACAAAUCCGGUGUCUCCACACCCGGAACAUCCACAGACAACAAAUCAACAGAGAUAGACAACGAGACGAUCGUCAACAUGGUGAACAAGUCUGUGACGAUGAUCAUGAACCGGCUCAACUCUCUCGCCCUGUUCGAUGGACCGGAUAGCAAAGUCGCCACUUUAGUUGCAGCAGCCAACAGCCACGAUAAUCUGUGCCGGAUGGACCCUGCGUGGCAUCCAUGGCUUUAA